AUGAGGCGGAGGUCGUACUGUAUCCCCGAGGUCUCGUUGACGGCUCAGCGACGCACGAUCAAUGUGUUUACGGCGGUGUUGUUGACGGUGGCGCUGGUUAUAUUUAUGUUGGUGGGUACGCGGCGUGUGACCAUGCACACACCAGAGGAGGUGGGAGUGUUGCACCGUGCGUUUGCAGCAGUCUCGCCGGUGGUCGAUGGACACGCGGGUGCGGUCCCGAUCCCGGGCGACCGCGGGGAAGACCCGGUUUCACCGCUGGUGGCACACAAGCUGAGCCACUGGGUCCAUAGCUCCGUACGAGACGGACCCUGGCUGCUCAUGCUCCCCGCAGACGUCAAACUCAACCGCAAGGAACAACGCAAGGCGAUCGAAGGACUCCGGCUGCACCCCGGAGCCCGACCUGUGCGACGACUUAGCGACGACUGGAAGGCAGAUCGACUCGCGGCCGUCAACGACGCCCUGCGUCUCCAAUCCUGGGGCCCACAUCAGAUCGUCGAUUUUCACGAGGCCGCCGACUUCCUUAGCCUCCUCAAAUGCGACCGACUCGUCGUACUCUCCGUACACCCCGUGGACAGCAGCCUACCCCAACAAGAAUUCCUGCGACACGCCUUCGAAUGGACCGGCCACGGCCAAGACGCAGACUGCAUUGUAAACCUCUUCUCUUACGAAAAACGCGAACCGCAACAACUCAGAUACGACGCCGUUCUCCGCGCCAUGCACCUCAUGACCAGCGGAACCAUUACACGGACCGACCCGAAACACACUGUGCCUUGGAUACUCAGCGUCGGGUCCUCCACUACCUUCACCGGCAAACACGCCUCCUUCCGGGACCUGCUUCAAAAAAUCGCCUCCGUCACCGGCGCGACUGGCCUCAAGAAAAGGCGGCUGGACAGCGAACCAAGGUGGCUGGACAGCGAACCAAGGUGGCUGGACACCGAACCAAGACGGCUGGACAGCAAGCGGAAGAACGAGGGCGGUGGUCUCUUGAACCACUUCUUCGACUGGGUGGCGGGUGAGCCGGAAGAGGUGACCGUAGCGACGCAAGAGAAUCUGGACACGGAGAAGAUGCCAUGGCACGAGGAACCUGGCGACGACACAGUGGAGAUGCUAAUGUGUCAGAACAAAACCACUGUGACGACCAAAACCGGCGCCAUCAGUUGCGCGGCCGUGCCCCAGUCAAUGCCGCCCAUGUAUCGGUUCGCCUUCCUGACUGGCACUCGGUCCAUGUGCCACUACAAGUACGGACCGCAUGUCGGCGCGGAGAUGCAGCUAUAUAGACCCUCUUCCUUAGCGGCCCUGAUCGCAGGGAGCAUGGCCCAGAUCAUGGACACCCGGAGACAUGUGACCAACGAGUCCGUCGCCCUGGGCAAGGUACUGGCGAUUAUUGCUGGGCUCCGCCCCGGAGACCUGGCGGGAAUAUGCAAAGCGCGGAACGACGGGAACGCAGGCCGGCGGCGGUGGUACGACGCGUGCCGCAAGUACCGCAGACUGAUCUCUGCACGCAUCGCAGACGUGCGGCGCUUCAGCGGCAACAGCGACGUCGAGACCCUCUUCGGCUUCUCUGGAGACGCCGAGGAAGAAUUUAAUGAACAAGUAUUUGUGCACGAGUCCGACCGAGACACCACCGAGGCACAGGAAGCCGCGCUGGCCGCUGUCCGGGCGCAGGCCAACCGCUGGCUGAGUCCCGCCAGCGAAGGCGCCUUCCGAUUUUUUGGCGGCGAAGUUCCCUCCGCCGACUGGACCCUCGAAGGCCCAGACGCAAUCGGAGUCAGUUGCGGACGCUGGCUCGCCGGCAGCGGGUGUACUGGCGAUUUGGUCACCGCGGGCGUCAUCGCGGAAGCCGCAGCCUGGGGUUGCGGCGACAUGGCUCUCACGUUCAGCGGCUGCGGCGAAGAGCAGUACUACCGGUCAUCUUUCCGAAAUCAGGUCUUGAUGAACCCCACCUGCCCCACGGAACUGUCCUGGGAGCGCAACGCCGAUGGAACAGCAUUUUCUCUCGAUUCUUUUGCAGAUACUGCUGUGAAAGACGGAGAAACCUUUGACGCUUGCACUGAAAUCGAGGAUCUCUGCCUGAACGGAUCAACCUGCGUAACGGAGGCUCCACCGAAGCUGUUUAGCUGUCAGUGUGGUGAUUCAUACAGCGGCUCGCGAUGCGAGAUAGUGGAGAAUCCGUGUGACGCUGUCCCCUGUAUGAAUGGCGGCGACUGUCUGUUCCUACCGUACAACGAAGAUCCGCGGUUCCUGUGCGUUUGUCAACAAGGCUAUACCGGUACGGUGUGUGAGCAAAAGGUAUCCUACGGUAUUGGCGGAGUUGGAACACCUGUAACGGGACCAUGGCUCGUAGUUCUCUGGAUCAUUUCCGUGGUGUCAUUGUUGUUGGCGAUUUAUUGUUUCAUAAUGGCAGUGCUAGAGUGUUUGAGGAUGCGUGUGCAGCGGAUGGUGGCGAAUGCGCGGAAUGCAUUGGCGCUGGAGUCCUUGCGGGUGAGUCCGUAUGGGAGCUUUAUUGAGCAGUCGGUGCAGCAGGAGCUGGCGGUGUCUGCGGGUCAUGAGCAAGACGCAGGAUUGCAGCACGUAGUGGACGAAGCGCGACUACCCGAGGUGCUACGUACCUCAUACACUAUGACGGCGCUCAACUACUUGCGAGUGGAGGUCAAAGCGGGCACCUUUCGCGCGUUUUAUUCCGAGCUCGCGCCCCUUUGUAGCUCGCUUCCCGCUCUCGUGGCCAAUCGUCAAAUAGUUUGCUCCGACCUCAUAAACCAUCUAAGUCGGCUCAACGCGCCCUCCGACUUGCGCCCAGUGCUGACUGUGGCACUUGCGCUUGUCCGCGACCUGGGGACACUCACCGACCCCCCGUUCGUAAUCGCCAUGCUCCACAAGCUCGCCGACCUCUGCAGUCGCCACAGCGAGGUCCAAUUCAUCCAACUUACUUUCCAAGUCCUGGCACGCAUCCUCCACAGCGCUAGGACCAUCGUGUUGCAGAACCUGCAGGAGACCAUGGACACCUUCGUACCCCGCCUCCUUCUCCACGAGAAGCCUUACGUACGCCAUUUCAGCGCCGAGUCACUCGCCUACUGCAUUCGCCAUCUUGAGCCCGGCUCCGAGCAACCCGGAACUCCCUCCUUGCAACAAGUCUUCAGCUACGUACUCAAAAAGUGCACCUCGCUCGUCGAAAACUGCCCCCUCAAGCAGGAGGAACAGGAACACAGGAUCAUUGUUGGCUACGAACCCGACGCGGGGGAUGAAGAGGUGAGGGACGUCUCUGACGAGGAGGCUGCGAUUCGAACCAGCGACCUGACUGGCAUGGGCCCCGCUAUGACGGACUCCGACACUGUGGCGGACGCCGCCGCUGUGACCGAGACGGCCGUGAUCGAAGCAGGAAGCAGCUUAGUGACGGAGUGCGUGAAGACGCUAGAUCAUGGACUAGUCCAUAGGAGGGCGGCCUUUCUAUUCAACUUGUUGGACGUGCUGAGUGAGGACAACGUGGCCAGCAGUGGCGUGUUGGCAGCGAUUGCGGUGGGUGCCAUGCUCGGUGUCAAGCGGCACGUGGCGGACUGGGCGAGUCGGGACCUGGGCAGGUUCGUUGAGCGUUACUUCCCGCUGGGUGUGAUGGGCAGUAACCUCAAGUUCCGUCUGGCGGUCUGUCUGGUAGCAGACAAACCGCGUCUUAACAAGAACUUUACGACCGCACCGGGCGUGUGGGAGAACGCCCUACCCGAGGAUCUCCACUCGAACGUGCGCCGUGUGCUCCAGUGGCUACUCUCUUCGAUCAUGCACCAUGGACCUGUAGUCAAGACACUUGCCGCCUCCAGCUUGUGCGAGGCUCUGCCCCCUCUUGUCUUCAGCAACUGGCUGCAUCACGUUGGCGAGCAGACCGAGGGGAUGCAGAGCGAAGAACUGCAGAGUGAAAAACUGCAAAGUGAAGGACUAUUCAACCUUUGUCGACCCACCUCGGACGAAUACGAACAGGCCGCGCUCCGGUCCCUAACUCGCCUGUUGCUGGCGACCACUGUGGACACCACUAUCCCGCUCGAGGUUGACCCCCAGGACUCUGUCUUGGUGGCCGCGAAGGCCAAGUACCAACAACACAUGGUCGCGACGGCUUUCUUGGACCAACCGCCGCUGGUCCCGAGACACCCCACGCUGGUGAUGCGGACUGUGGCCUUCUUAGUUGAGGACCUGAAGCUCGCCAGUAGUCAUCAGUCCGAAUGGAGGGCGGAGAAUCUAAGGCUUAUCGAAAGAGGUCUAAGACUACUGCCGUCCAUUGUGCAGUCCCAGUGCAUGUCGUCACAGUGCAUGUCGUCACAGUGUGUGUCGUCACAGUGCAUGUCGGGUGUAUCGGGUUGUGUUAGCUCGGAGGCGUUGAUGGGCGACAGUGCGGAUGGCUCUACCGACCCGUCGAGUGUGUUGAGCAACCUCAAGUCGCUGAGCACUGCCUUCCUGUCCAUUGUCAGGCAGUUGCAGGACCCGACCCCAAUGGAGGAAGCCAUCAUCACCAUGUCCAAGAGUCAUUUGGGGUUGCCUGUCGACCUUGAUGCGUGUCGGCGGUUGGCGAACAUCCUCGAGGUCGAGGACCCAGCGAGCCGCAUUGCUCAGUGGAACUGCGUCCCUUUGCGAAUCGACAACAGCGACGCAUUUGUAAUGGCCGGCAAUGAACGUCUAUUUGCGGAGAAUAGGGAGACAGAGACGGCGGGUUCCGUACAGCUGCGGGCCUGUAGAUGUACUGACGAGUGGGUGCAGGGAGGUGAGGUCGAUUUGCUUACAGUCUUGGAUACCUUCUCGUACUUCCAGGUCCUCCGGACCAUUCCCUUGUCUGAUAUUUCUCGGUCGCGUCUUGAAGACUUGAUGGAGUUGUUAGUCUCGGCGGUUCGGUGUCCGUACGUCUCGAUUCGGUCUUCGGCGUUGUCGCUAUUGAACGAGUUGGUCACGCAUCUCGCGCAGGACGUAGCCACGAGUGCCGAGACGGAUUCGCCGAAAAGGAGACGGGUCGUGGGGGACAAUAGUCCUGAGUUCUUGGUGGAGGCUUGUUGCAUCCUGAAUGACACCUGUAACGACGUGGCGACUCUGAAUGAGAAGACGACGUACAUCGGUCGAAUCGGUGCGAUCUUGAAGCACAUGUGUGGUGAGGAUCGUGCUUCUUCUGUCGGUUCCGGUAGUGGUAUCGAUAGUGGUACCAGUAGUAGUAUCGAGGUUUAUGACAGUGUUGUGUUGAAGCGCAAUGGCAUGACCGUGAAAGAGUUUAUGGUCUUAAUCGGAGUAUACAGUCUCGUGAACCAGUUGUCCGUAAAGUUCCAGCCGUUGUGGAAGCCGGCGAUGGAGACUCUGGCCACCUUGUUUAGAGAAUCCCAUUUGGACCAGAUGGUCCCUGCAAUGACGGCGGCCAUGUACAUGUCUUUCGAGCGGUGCGUUUUGGAGUAUGACUCAGAAGCGCGCGGCUUCCUGGUAGAGCGCCGACAGAAACUGGUGCGAAACCGACUGCAGGCGGAACGCACCUUUGGCAAGGCGGAAACAUUUGCGAUGAUGGGGGGCGGCAAGACCGAUAUUUUGGGCGUGCUGUGGCAACGACAAUUAGAUGUAUCUCUUCCUCUACCGUUGUCCAACGAAGAUAGGUGGCAUCUCAUUGCGACCUACGUGGACGAAUGCAGCGGCUACAAAACCCUGGUGAACAUGCUGGGAGGUGUGCUCGCAAUCUGCACCGGGGCGUCCAAGAAGCAAAAAGGACAAACACUCAAGUCCAUGCAGGACACCUCACUAGUACAACUUUCACUGGAAAUGCUUUGGACUUUACUUGGUGCAUAUGGGCUCGUGGAAUCUGGCCAUGUUGAAUGUGGUCUGAAUAUAGCUCAAGGCGGGACCAAGUCGACUCAGUUGACUUUCGAUACCGUCACGGCUGGUAAUAGGCAUAUCAUUAUGUCCCCGCGAGCUUUCGACAAGAUCCACGAAUGUCUUUCAAACAGGGACCGUCUGAAAUCAUUGGUGCCGGUGCUAAAAUGUCUUGAGGCCUGCAUGCCGAUGAAACAUGUGUCUGAGCAUUGCGAAGAUUUACUUGGUCGAUGCUGCUAUAAUCUGGACCAGAAUAUUUACAUACAGAAUGCAGCUGAUUUGCACGACCUGGUAUUGAAAGUGUUUAGUCGCGUUAAAGUUCCGUCUCUUUCUGUGGCGUCAAAAUCUGUGGCAAUAGCUAGUCUCGAGAAAUAUUCGCAGCUUCAUUCGAACACAGUGGAUUUGCUUUCUAAAAUAAUACUUGGUGGUAAGAAGAUGAGAUAUGUAGUAUCCGAGUAUUUAACAAGACGUGACUCAUUACCAGAUCAUGAUCGUGAGGUGGCAGAGUUUAUAAUUACACGAGUAAUGUUCUGUAAACUCCUUCAUUCGAAUAAGAGCGAUAAGCAUGGUGACAGAAGAGAGUUUCUGGUAGUUCUUUGUAAUAUGUCCCAUAAUUCUUUAAAGCAAUUUUUUGCUUUAAUGCUCACCAGGUUGUAUGAUGGCUCGAAAGUGGAAGAUUUAAUACCGUGGCUUGAUCUAAGAGGUAAUAAAAGGAUGGAAUGGAAUGAAUAUUGUGACGUUAAAUACAAUGGUAUAGAACAUAGAUUCAUACUACAUUUGCCUGACUGUAAAAUCCAUAAAAAAAUUGGUGCUUUCUUCGAGUUACUUGAACAAUUAACCGGAGCUAUGGAAAUCAAUUUCAAACACAUCCUGCUUCCAUUCACUCUUGAACUUCUCGCCAGAUUCUUCAAGGCUAUCUAUCACAAGCGUGAUAAUCACUUUAGAAGGAUUACAAUGCGCCAUAUUCUCAAUUACAUCAAUCACUUAUUCUCCAGCUACUUCUACGCCGAAGAGUUACUAAGAAAAUUCUACUUGUCCAUCCAGGAAGAAUUUAUCGCUACGUUAAAUGAAUCAUUGGCAAGUUCUGAAAAAGGACUGGAAUUGGAAUCAGAUGGAAUUUCUGGUGCACUAGAGGCUCAAGAUGACUCGUUGGCUUCAGUAAAACUUGCUAAGAUGACCUUACCUAUGAGGUUUGUCUCCAUAUGCGCUACUCGGAACGACGGUGGUUUAUUGUGGCUAUUGAAAAGCGACCCCGCAUUGCUACACACGGUCUUGCAUCACGCCGCUGCCUAUGCUCCAUCUUUGCAACUGGAAGUUUUGGAGAUAGUUCGUAAGUUGUGGGACUUCGCAUUAGACCAAGACACACAAAAACUGAAGGACAGAUUGGAUCAACAACGGAUGGCUCGCUUCCAGAAAUUGGCUCGCUUGAGGAAGAAGAAGGACAGAGAGAUUCUAGAUGAGAGUGAUGAAAGCGAAGAGACCGAAGUUGAGCUUGAAGAUCUCAUUCAGAAAGAGAGUCCGGAUGCAGAGGAAUCUCGACGUCAAGCAAGAGUCCUCAUAGAGAUAAAUGUCCGCUCCAUUUUGCAGAUAUUUAAAUCAUUGUUCUCAAACGCUGGUGUUCAUGCUGCUACUGGUCGCGACAGUCGAGCUAUUAAUGGACCUAGUAAUCGUGGUCAUGGUCGUCAUGGCCGGGGUGGUGUUGUGACGUUGGCUAAUCCCAUUAAUUUGUUGGCAACUCUCGGUGGCGUUUCUUGCAUCCAGCAUCCGAAGUGCGAAGAGGACUCUUUGAUCAUUUUGGAGUUGUUGGAACUAUUGGUUGCCAUGCUUCCCCAUAGGGAGACGAAGUCUUCACCGCAGAGCCGCAGCAGGGUGGUGCAGUUAGUGGAUACCAUUAGCCGAGUGUUGUACGGAGUCCAGAACCUCAUUCCCAAAACGGCGAACGUAAACAGAUCGCUCUUUGCCAUGACUACCACCGCCGUGACUAGUACCACCACCAUAACUACUACCACCAUGACUAGGACAGCAGAUGUAAUCUCUUUGUCGGUUAGCGAAAGAGUGGACAGGUUGUUAGGUGAUAUUGUAUUCAGCUGCAAUGUUGUAUUACAAGACCCCUUCUUCGAGGACAAUAAAGAAUACCUGGGCCUGUUGAUGUUGCAAGCUGUAUUGAUAUAUCAUACGAAUAUGGACGUGGGUAAAUACAUGAGACGUUUACGUCACCAGAAUCAUCCCUCCAAGUUAGUUUCCAGAGACCCGACGGAUAACUUGAACUUGUUGUCGGACUCAUUCAUACCUAGCAUCAAACACUUGAAAGCCAUGUCGACGACGGGUAUAUGGGACACCUUAUUGGCCUACAUCAUAUACUGUUUAAAUGUUAAUGGCUUGACGUCAUUGUCAGAAGGUGAUCCUGAGGUCCAGAUUAACGUUGUCUCAGGUCUACUCAGUUUAGUAGAAUGGGAACCAAAUCAGGUUUUGAGUAAGGCAAUCCUGAAGCGGCAUAAAUUCCUUCAGAAAUUCACCAAAGGGAGAAACAGAGAAGCCAAACAUAGAACGCAUGAGGAACAGCAGCAGGAAUUUGAUUUAAGCUGGUCAAUCGAUUAUACUAUACUCCUAGCAUCUCAUAUCCUAUGUUUGCAAACGCGUGAACAUGUAGAUCUAGGUGUGUCUACGUUGCUGGUGCGUUUCUGGAAUAACUUACUACAACCAUGUCAAUUAAUUGGAUUAUGCAAAAAGGUUUAUUCCAGUGGUAUUAUUAAUUCGGAAAAUAUCAAGGACCAGAAAUUGAUUGAAAUGAUGUGGUAUAAUUCAUAUAAGACUACACAAUAUCUUAGGAAUCAUGUUUUCAAGGUCGUAUACAAAUGUUUGAAUAAUACCAAUAGAAAGAUUCAACUUGUUGCCCUAAAUAUUCUGACCAGAAUAAUUCAGUACAUCAGCUCUGUGUCUAAGUAUUUACCCGCUGCUGAAUAUAAAUUCUUUAACUUGAUGUCGGAGGAGAAUAUGUUGUCGGAGGAGAAUAUGUUGUCGGAGGAGAAUAUAUUGUCCGAGGAGAAUAUAUUGUCCGAGGAGAAUGUGUUGUCGAAGAAAGAUACAACGCCAACACUAAAAAAUGUCAAUUGGAGUCUCCACAGUUUAUUAUGUCUAUGCUCAUAUGACGUGAUUGACGACCCUAGAAUCAUCAAUAGCUCAGGUCGUAUUGGAAAUGGGCAGCUAGUGGAGUAUGUACGGUCAUUGAGUACAAGAUCAAUGUCAGAUCACAUUGAAGUGGAAAAGGUGACAGAUGAUUACAGUAUAUUCAAAGAAUUAGCGUCCGCUCAGAAGGUUACGAGACUUAGCGCAUUUGCUGCUAUCGGAAGCAUGAUUGAGCGGAUUGAUACGUAUACAUUGUCGACCAUCAUUGUACCAAUCGCUUUGAACGAGAUGAUUCAGGAUGCUGGGUUCUCAGCUGAUUCCGUCCAUACUGGUCUUGGCGAGGAAGCGUGCAAAGUGAUGGUGGCGGCUUUAAAUCGGUUACAGUAUAACACGUGUGUGCAAGUCAUGAAUAAAACAUAUAAAGCGCUGAAUCACAUAAAGCAGAAGGAUUACACUUCCAAAGAGGAUUUAUCUAGACAACAGGUUUCAAGACAAGAUCUUCUUGUAAAUGCUCUUGCUAUGCUGGCCUCUGUUAUCCCUCAGAAAAUGAACGAAAUCAAAAGGGCUCAAUCCAAUCUCAUCUCUGGCUCCGACCAGACUCCAGACCAAGAACAAAUGCAGCAGCUGGAUAGGAAGAUGGCGGCCUUGAGAGAGUCAGUAGUCAAAGUGCUGAUGCCAUUAUACAAGUCUGCGGCUUUUCCAUCCAGUGGUAAAUAUUCGGGCAAGGAAUCCGGUGGCAAGGGGAAAGACAUUCGCCCCCAGUUGGUUGGAAGCAUGUUGUAUUUCGUGGAGUGUUUAGAAGGCAGUGAGAGGAGAGCCCAGUUGUAUUCUAUAGUUGGUCAUUUGGGCGACUGUCUUAUAGCGAAGAAGUAUGGAAUUCGUCAACGAGCUCGUGAGUCUUUAGAAUUUUUCAUGAAGUCUGUUGGACUAGCGGAUUUGCCUUUUGUGCUGGAUUUACUGGGCACCAAGAUGAGCAAGGGAUCUGGACCGGCAAGUCUUAUUGUAACUGCAUUGGGAGUAUUGCAAGCAUGUUUAGGGUCUAAUCCUCAUCGGAUAUCUGAGACAGAUAUCAGGGCUUUGGACUCAUGUGUGAAGCCCAUUCUUGGUAUGAUCACAUCAGAGCUAGAUCGUGUAGCCGACGUCCAGAGCGCAUCGGCCUUUGACGACUCUGGAUCUAAAGCACGAUUGAAUGAAACGCUAAAACGGAAGAUCGAUCCCGACCUCGGUAGGUUUAGCUCGGCCGAUAUUACAACCAUCUUGUCGAUGUUCCUUUCCAAACAAGCAUUGGUAACGGUCUUUGAUGGUCUUACUGGGUUAUUGGAACCUGGUACAGUGUUGCGAAAGAGUGCUAGUUCUCAAACCGCCAUUUUCAAUAAGCGAUAUUUGGAACGUUGCAAACAAAUUAUGGACGCAGCAGUCAAGGGCCUCAGCUACUCGAGCAUGCUAUCAUAUGAGGAAAAGAUUGAGCUUCUUUACAACCGCUUGACAAAGAGCAUUUGCACACUGGUCUUGGAAGGACAGAAGCGAGAGUAUUAUGAUGACUUUAAACUCUUUCGAGACAAAAUACAACGGGAGAAAAUGGUGCUAGAUUCCGAGAUGUUGGAUACACCUAUGGACGAAGCGAAGGGAGAUGACAUUCCCAGACGAGGCAGGAAGAAGAGAACGGGCGUGACUAAAAGAGACGAAUAUUUCGCGGUUCAGCCAGGAGCCGCCAAAGGUGAAGGGUUGUUGCGGUCUAUAAUGGGCAAUAAGAGAGCUUAUGACCUUGGAUUCCAAGCACGAAUCGUAGGGUCGUCGUGCCUCAAGUAUAUGGAAAAGCUGCUCGGAAGCAUUCCGAAGAGGAAGAUGACUCUUUCAAUGACGGAGGUACAGUACAUUAAUUCUAUUGACACUUUCGACGAACUAGUAGGCAACUUGGUAUGGCUUUGUACGGACAUAUAUAAUUCGGGAGAGACUGAAUGGCACCUUCCCUGCGGCCAAAUUUUCGCACAAUGCCAACGGUUGUUAGUUAAAUGGCCGCUGCCAAAAUUGUCGCACGUGUUCGAUGCGCAAUCAAACGCGAUUAUUAAACAAUUAUUAAAUGUAUUUGCCGGCUGUCCCUUAAAGCCCAACAUGGUGCAAGCCAAGGAGCUGGUGGGAGCAGCUGAGCUGCUUCGAUACUACAUGAAGCAGCAACGGUUUGCUGAUGAGUCCUUUUCGGAUGAGUUGAGGAGCAAGUUGUUAAAUCAAAUCCAUAUAUUGCUGAAGAACGAGUGUUUCGACGCGGCAAGCUUGUUAUUGAAGUCUAGCGUUGUAAUUCUGUUUGAAGACAUUGUAAUGCUGAUCACGAGAGAGAUUCGGCGGCCCCAAAGCCGUGAAUAUCGCCGACAACAUAAGGGAGUUCCGAUUCCGGCCGAGUACGACGUACAUGAGGCGUUUAUUAAUCUCCGGCUGUCUUCUGAAGACGUUUAUAACGUCUGGUCGAUCGCCGACUUGAUGAUCAAGCUCACUACGGUGCAUGCUUCCGCCCAGGUCCAGUUUGGUAAGAAUGCUAUCCAUCGUAUGAGUACCAUCGGGCUAGGUUGCAUUGCUAAUUUCAUGGCGUACUUCCCGAUGAAGCCGGGCGCGUUUACGAAGCGAUUGGAGAAAAUACUUGCCCAAUUCAACUAUGAAGAAACCGAAGGAAAACGGGCGAUGAUGAAUUGCGUCAGCAGACUUGUCUCAAACUUACCCUACCAAACGUUCAUUACGCUGACGGCAGCACCCACGUGGAUCCAGCUGGGCAUUUGCCUUGCUAACUCCACCAGUGAUGCCACUGCUGUCACCGCUCGCAGAUUGGCAGUCAAAGUCUUGCAACGAAUCCAGGAGCCGAAAGAAAUUCAGAAUCUGCUCAUGGAGACCUUCGGGAUUUUGCAGUCCAAUGUCAAGGCCAUCCUCCACCUCCUCACGGUCCUCGUCUCCGAACGAGCCGAGGACCUUCAGGCGAUGGAAAUGGAGAAAAUUCUCAAAGUAGCUGCCGGGGCGUACCAGCUUUCUCCAAGCAAACCAGAGUUCAACGACGCCGUGAUUGCUAGAGGCUUCAAAAUACCAGCACUAAAUGAUGAGCCAAAGUCGGUUGACAUGACUGACGACGACACAGACAACCAGACGGCGCAGUGGUCGGAUCUGCACAGUCCCUUAAUACAGCUUUUCGAUGCUCUGACGUCCUCUAGCAAAUUCGGAACUUGGCUCCGGUCGGAGAGGUUAUUUACUCUGUUCGCUGCCCUGUUCUCUCUUCUGGUGGAAUGCUAUCUGGAACCACGACCAAAGUCAGUCAUGUCUGGGUCAGGCUUCCACGCCAUAGCCAACAUCGUAGCACAGCUGGGACAGGAUGUCAACAUCGAACUCCUGCUCACCUCCAACUGGGGAGCUUUGGACAGUUGGACGCAGAUCUCCAAACAGGCCGGCCGGAAAAUGCGCAAAGACCACACGCCCUCAGGAGCAACCUUCCUUGACUGCAUCGCUCACAACACACGGGAGACGUUCAUGACGUCUGACGACGUCAUCCGGGACUAUUGUGGUGGCGCAGGUCGAAUUGUCAUGGCGUUGGCCACCACCAGCUAA